UUGCUAAAACCAAUGAUGCUUAGACGACUCAAGGAGGAUGUAGAGAAGAAUUUGGCUGCCAAAGAAGAAACUAUUAUAGAGGUUGAAUUAACUAAUAUUCAAAAGAAAUAUUACCGUGCCAUUUUAGAGAGAAACUUUUCGUUUCUUGCCAAGGGGUCAGGAUCUAAUGCCAAUGUGCCUAAUUUGAUGAAUACAAUGAUGGAACUCAGAAAAUGUUGUAAUCACCCGUUUCUUAUAAAUGGAGCUGAAGAACAGAUUAUGUUGGAUUUUCCUGAAAAUAACUACCUUAGACAGUUAUUAGCUUUAAUUCAAUCUGCUGGUAAGAUGGUAUUGAUUGACAAGUUAUUACCAAAGUUGAAAGAAGGUGGACAUAAAGUACUUAUAUUCUCACAGAUGGUUAAAUGUCUGGAUAUAUUAGAAGACUAUCUUUUACAGAAGAGAUAUCCAUAUGAACGAAUUGAUGGUAGGGUAAGAGGAAACCUGAGACAAGCUGCCAUUGACAGAUUCAGCAAACCAGAUUCUGACAGAUUUGUAUUUCUGUUAUGUACCCGUGCUGGAGGACUUGGUAUCAAUCUUACUGCUGCUGAUACAGUGAUCAUAUUUGAUUCCGACUGGAAUCCACAAAACGACCUCCAAGCCCAAGCAAGAUGUCACAGAAUUGGGCAAAGCAAAUUGGUAAAGGUGUACAGACUGAUUACAAGGAACUCUUAUGAAAGAGAAAUGUUUGAUAGAGCUAGCUUGAAACUUGGUUUGGAUAAAGCUGUGUUGCAGUCAAUGAGACAUCAAGAUAAAGAUUCCGCCAAUGCACCAACUGCCAUGUCAAAGAAAGAAAUAGAAGAACUUUUACGUAAAGGUGCCUAUGGUGCUAUCAUGGAUGAUGAUGAAUCCAGUUCAAAGUUCUGUGAAGAGGACAUUGAUCAAAUUCUCCAAAGACGUACUCAAGUAGUUCAGAUAGAAUCGGAGGGCAAAGGAUCUACAUUUGCUAAAGCUAGUUUUGUGUCGUCAUCUGAUAGACGAGAUAUUUCACUUGAUGAUCCAGAUUUCUGGCAAAAGUGGGCUAAGAAAGCUGAUGUGGACACAGAUGAAAUCAAAUCUAGGGAUAUUGGAAUAAUCCAUGAACCCAGGAGACGUAAACAAACUAGACGCUUUGGGAAUCUUGAUGAAGUUCUUGAUUUUACGUCGGAGAGUGAUAGUGAAGAAGAGGCUAAAGUGUCCAAGAAGCAGUUACAAACCGGUUGGACCAGGGUGGAAUGCUUCAGAGUGGAAAAAGGUCUCCUCACAUAUGGUUGGGGUCGUUGGGCUGAUAUUCUCAAAAAUGGUAAAUUCAAGAGAAAACUUGGUGAGAAAGAUGUUGAAGCUGUCUCGAGAACAAUUCUUGUUUUUUGUUUACAGUAUUAUAAAGGUGAUUCCAAAAUCAAGUCAUUCAUCUGGGAUCUCGUCAAGCCGCCAAAUGAGGGUAGUUUCAAGUCAUACAAGAAUCACGCAGCUGCUGCUCAUCCAGUGCAAAAAGGGAAAAAAGGAAAGAAAGGCAAGAGAGAAAUUAAAGUGAUGCCUGCUCUAUUGGAAUAUGAUUUCAAUUCUAAGAAUACCAAUCCUGAAGAAUUAUUACAAGAUCCUGGUUACAAAAAUCACCUCAAGAGACAUUGCAAUAAGGUGUUGUUGAGAGUUAGAAUGUUGUACUACCUCAAGCAGGAAGUGGUUGGGGAUCUAGCAGUAAAGAUAUCUCAAGGUGCUCAUGUCAAUAAUCUACAGAUUCCUGCUCCAAUUGCUGAAGGUGAUCCACCUAUUGGUUGGUGGGAUGAUGAAGCAGAUAUCUCUCUUAUGGUGGGAGUGUACAAACAUGGUUAUGAGAAGUAUACACUGGUGCGAGGUGACCCCGCUCUGUGUUUCCUUGACAAGUGUGGGCCACCUGAUGCCCGGGCUAUUAGAAUGGAAGAAAACGAUGAUGACGUUGAUAUGACCCUUGACGAUGACCCAGAAUUUAAACCUAUUCAGAAAUUAAUGAGAGAGGACUUGGAAGAAGACUCUCUGUCACCAUCCAGCAUAUCAACUCCGCAGCCAUCACCUCGACCAACCAAGUCUAUGCAUAAAAAAAUAGAGCCACCUACUGCUCCAGGUAAAUUACCUUUUCCAGCAGCUUCAGAUUUAAAUACACGGUUGAGAAGAUUAAUUACUAGUUACCAAAGAAAUCAUAAAAAGCAACAAGUGAAACAAGCUCAGAGGGCAAGGAAAGAGGCUGAGAGAAAACACAGAUUUGAAGAAGCUUUGAAACAGAAAGAAUUGAAGAAAAAAGAACAAGCACAAAGAUGGUCUAGGAGAGAAGAAAGUGACUUCUAUCGCACAGUGUCUGCCUUUGGGGUGGAGUACGAUCCAGAAACUAAAAUUUACAAGUGGGAUAAUUUCAGAAGAGUUGCCAGGUUGGACAAGAAAACCAAUGAAAAGUUACAAGAGUAUUACGAGAAUUUCCGUGCUAUGUGUUUAAGGGUUUCAAGUAGAAACAAGCAUAAAGAAGGGGAAGAAGAUUCCAUGGAUCUCGGAGAAGACUAUGUAAAUUCAUUGUCUGUAGAACAGAUCUCUGAAGAAAGAUCCAACAAAUGUAUGCAGAGGAUUGAACUUUUGUUGAAAGUCCGCAAUGAGAUAAUACCACAUCCAGAGCUUGAUGAUAGAUUACAACUAUGUAAAUCUAGUAUGGAAUUACCUGAGUGGUGGGAGCCUGGUAAACAUGAUAAAGAUAUGCUUCUUGGGGUUGCCAAGUAUGGCAUCAACAGAACUGAAUCACAACAUCAUAUGAUGAAUGAUCCCGAUUUGUCAUUUCAUUUACUGAAGGAAAAAUAUUCUCAGGCAAUGAUUCCAUCUGAUCCGCCUGCAAGCAUGGCAACACCUUAUCAGACGACAACAUCUAACAGCCAGGAUGUAUCAGUAAAACAAGAAGAACAUGCCUUGGAUCUCUCUGUUGAUAGUAAAUUUAAAGAAGAAAUCAAAACUGAACCCGGUUCUACAUUUGUAGGCGAUGAUUCAAAAAGUGUUAAGAAAGAGGCUGAAUCUUGUAGUGUGAAAGUAGAGAAGCAAUCUGAAACCGAAGGUGAUGACGAUGAUGAUGACGAUGUUGGUGUGAAAAGUGAGCCAGAGGAAAAAAAGGAAGAUACAGAUGAUGUGAAGUUAGAAAGAGAGAUGACUCUGCAGAGGAAGAUUCUAACCUCUCCCUUUUGAGACAAGAAUUGACAAAACCAUCUGUUGUUGCAGGAUUACAUGCGUUACAAGAUGAAAAUAGUCAGGAUAGUUUCACUCAUGACACUGGUAGUCAACAAACUGUUGCUAUGUUACUGAAUCCAAGUCUUCCUCCAAUCAUUAGAUGGCCUAAGGAUAAAGUGAUUGUGCAUAGAUUGGAACAAAUUAUCCAUUGUGUUGAGAAUAAUGAGUGGCCAGUGAGAAGAGGACAUGUGCAUCACCAGGAACUGUUACAGCAUUCAUUUGACUCCUCAUACUUAAGUCUUAAUCCUGACUCACAAGAUGCGUCAGAUUUAAGCUUACUUGGAGAUUUUGAAUCUAAGGUAAAGAAGAGAGGGGACAACCACCAACAAUUCAAGGUUCAUGUCGCUGAUGAAAGUGGAGGUUUAAAAAUGACUAUACAAAAGAAGCGCAAGAGAAAGAAGAAAGCACUGAUAGAGGCUGAAAGAGCUGCUAAAUUGGCAGGGCUACUUGGUGGUAAACCUAUGCUUGGAUUCAUGCAAUCAGAUGGUAAUCUUUCUGAUGACAGUUCAUUACCAAGUCUUCCUGAUUUACCGCAAUUGACCAAACUACCGCUGGAUUCU